UAUCGACAGCUUCCAUCUGUACCAAAGAUACAUGGAUGAUACUUUCAUCAUAUGUGACGACAAUACCGACAUCGAAUUGAUAACCAAAGAGUUCAACAGCUGCCAUCAUGCCAUCAAGUUCACGUCGGAAUCAGAGAAUAACUCGGAAUUCCAUUUUCUGGAUGUUUUUCUAAAGAGGAGAUCGGAUGGUUCUCUUCAAAGAUCGAUCUACAGGAAACCAACAUGGAAUGGUCAGUACACAAAUUUCCAUAGCUGGGUCCCUUUGAGAAGGAAGAGAAAUCUAAUCCAUUCCUUAUCCUCAAGAAUAAGGAGGAUAUGUUCCAGUGAUACAAUCGAUGGGGAACUGGAGCGACUCAGACAAGUCCUCAUAGAGAAUGGAUAUCCUCCGAGAUUUAUCGAGAAGAACAUGAAGCCAAGGGAAAAACCUGAAAGAAUACAGACGGUGCCGAAGAAACUACUGUUUAUGAGUGUUGAAUUUAAAGGUGAUACCGCAGCUGAGAUCCUGAAGAAUCGCUUAUGCAGAUCACUGAGGAAAGCCUUCUUUAUGGCUGAGCUACGUAUCAACUUCUACAGCCGACAAAUGAUCAACGGGUGUGUGAAGGAUAAACUGCCGCUUUGGGCCACCUCAAUGUGUGUUUAUAAAUUCACUUGCUCGUGUGGAGCUAGUUAUAUUGGCCGCACAAAGCGCACGCUUUCCAAACGCAUCUCUGAGCAUUAUCCGGCAUGGUUAGCAAAGGGACAAUGUAAGACAAUUACUAGCUCAAUUCUCGAGCAUUUGGUGAACUCAGGCCACGUAGCUCCACCAGAAUCCUCUUUCAAGAUCAUCUACAAAGUGAAGCCAAAUGGUACAAAGGGCGUCAGGUUUCGGCUUUUGUGUAUGGCGGAGGCUCUAGCAAUUCAUCAAUACAACCCUGAACUCUGUAUACAGAAAAAGUUUGUCCAGUCUCUUAUUCUACCUUGGUCUUAACCUCUUCACUAAUCGUUCCUUGUAAAUGAAAUAUUUUUUGAUUUUUUCUUUUCAUUCUACUUUCACUUUUAGUUAGCUUUUGCUUCAAUAAUUAAUUCGCUAUUAUCACUCUCAUAUGCUCCUUUUGUAUACUUUCACACCCUCUUCACACUUGUUAAAUUGACACUCAAAUACCUUUAUUCUCACUUAAUAGCAAUUUUAACCUUAUCAAAUUUCUAUCUUUUUGCCGCUGAGUACCACGUAAUUUUCAACUUCUAAUUUUCACUUCUAAAGCCACUUCUGAGUAAUUAUAUCAAUUAUGUCACCCCCUAUUACUCAAUAAUAGACCACUAUAUAUUUUUGUAAGUAUAAAUACGAUUGUACAGCCUCUGAAGAUGAUUUCGUCGAUAAAGAAAAUUUUCUUCGCUGAAUCCGUCUUUUA